GUGAGGCCCUGUGGUUCCGGCCGGCGUGAGUGAGCGAGUUUGGGCUUUUUUUUCCAAGAUGGCGGCUGCGGCGGGCUUGGAGUUCCAGCGCGCCCAGUCCUUGCUGAGCACCGACCGGGAGGCCUCCAUUGGCAUCCUGCACUCCAUAGUGAAGCGUGAUGUGCAGGAGAAUGAUGAAGAGGCCGUACAAGUCAAAGAGCAGAGCAUCCUGGAACUGGGGAGUCUCUUGGCCAAGACAGGGCAGGCGGAAGAACUUGGAGGACUUCUGAAGUAUGUGCGCCCUUUCUUAAACUCCAUCAGCAAGGCAAAGGCAGCCCGCCUGGUUCGGUCUCUGCUAGAUCUUUUCCUAGACAUGGAGGCAGCAACAGGACAAGAGGUUGACCUGUGUCUUGAAUGCAUUGAAUGGGCCAAAUCUGAGAAGAGGACAUUCCUGCGCCAAGCUCUGGAGGCAAGGCUGGUUUCUUUGUACUUUGACACUAAACGGUAUCAAGAAGCAUUGCAGUUAGGCUCACAGCUUUUGCGGGAGUUGAAAAAGAUGGACGACAAGGCCCUCCUAGUGGAAGUGCAGCUGUUGGAGAGCAAGACCUACCAUGCCUUGAGCAACCUGCCAAAAGCAAGAGCAGCAUUAACCUCUGCCCGAACCACAGCCAAUGCAAUCUAUUGCCCACCCAAGCUGCAGGCGGCGCUGGACAUGCAGUCAGGCAUCAUUCACGCAGCGGAAGAAAAGGACUGGAAGACGGCAUAUUCCUAUUUUUACGAGGCAUUUGAGGGUUACGAUUCCAUCGACAGCCCCAAAGCUAUCACGGCGUUGAAAUACAUGCUGCUGUGCAAGAUCAUGCUGAACUUGCCUGAAGAUGUGCAGGCCUUGGUGAGCGGGAAGCUUGCACUGCGGUAUGCAGGCAGACAGACAGAAGCUCUGAAAUGUGUGGCACAGGCUAGUAAGAAUAGAUCACUGGAUGACUUCAAAAAGGCUCUGAAAGAUUAUAAAGUGGAACUCAGGGAUGACCCCAUCAUCAACACACAUCUGGGCAAACUCUAUGAUAACUUAUUGGAACAAAACCUGAUCCGGGUCAUUGAGCCUUUCUCCAGAGUUCAGAUUGAACACAUAUCUAGCCUUAUCAAGCUGUCAAAGGCCGAUGUGGAAAGGAAACUCUCUCAGAUGAUCCUGGACAAGAAAUUCCACGGGAUCCUCGACCAAGGCGAAGGCGUCCUGAUUAUUUUUGAUGAACCGCCUGUAGACAAAACGUACGAAGCUGCUCUGGAGACCAUUCAGAAUAUGAGUAAAGUAGUGGAUUCGUUAUACAACAAAGCCAAAAAGCUAACAUAGAGUUGGGAACUGUUGGCUGUUGCUUUGGAGAGUUGGUGCGUGAAACCUUUUGGGGGGUGGGUGGGACAAAAGGCUAGAAGACUGGUGGGGUGUUUUUUGUUCCCCACCCCCCCUUUUGCUCUUACUUCUCACUUGGAAAGUUUUAAGACUUCCUCAUCUGAUCCAUCUUGUCUAUACGAUUGUGUGUUCCAGUUUCCAUGUAACCUUUUACCUGCUGAACUUUGUACUGGGAUGGGGAAAUAAUAAUGUUUAAAAUAAUAAAAAGGAGAGUUUCUUGGGGGUGGGGGGAAGGGAGCAGCGGCAGUAUCCUAAAUAAAAGGAGAGAGGCUUAUGCUACCUUAAAAAAA